AGGGUCAAACUGUACCUGGAUGACGCCAAAGUGAAGAACUUCACCACCUGCUUUAAAGACGAGCGCUUCCUGUCCUUCUUCUUCCGCCACCUCCGCCCCAAUGUCACUGGUCGUUAUGUGGAUUCCUUCCCCUUCGUGUCCCACUGCGGCCCCGAACGCAACUACGUGCGCUGCCAGGACCUGCCCAUAGUGUUCAAUGGGGUCCUGGAAGGGGAUAAAGGCCCUUUAUUGUCCUAUAACUGGGGCGGGAGGAGCCUGACCACCCCGUUCCUGCCCCACACGUUGACCUACUGGGCCCACAACGGGAGGGUUUAUCAUCCGGGACCUAAAGGGGGAGGGGGUGUGGGGCUGGUGACGUCGGCCUUGGUGGAGCUGUGGGGCGAUGGGUUCCGCUAUGGGGCAGGGGAUGGGGAGAGCCCGACCCAUUUGGUGUGGGGCGGGAGGAGCUAUGAGUUGAAGCAUCCCCUAUUGGGGACGUUAAGGGACAUGGGGCGGCUAUGGGGCGACAGGGAGCGCAUGGUGGCCCCAUAGACCCCAUAGAUCCCAUAGAUUCCCCCAUAGACCACAUUGACCCCAUAGACCCAACCUA